CCGAGCCCUGCUGGGUUUGCGCAGAGAGAUUGUAUUCAGCGGACGUGUUCAUUAUUUCACUGAUACCGAAGUUGGAAAUUCCCAAAACGGCUGGUUCGCUGUAAAGGCCGAAUUUCAAAGAAGAUCACAACAAGAAGUAAUUAAACCUAGCACAGAAUCAGAUGGUCUCUUGGUUUGCAUGGAACAUGGAGGCUGAUGGAUUAUGAAUUCCCCACGACUGAGAUAAUGUGAAAUGUCUCUUCAGCUUUGGUUUUUUUUUUAAAUUUGUUUUUCCAAAGUAUGGCUUCAUCCCAACCAUACUGGGACCAGUAUGAUGAUGUGAACAGCAUGUACUUUUCUUUCGGAGCUGACUCCGCAGUGAAAACACAUCAGCAAGACUUGACCUCUGUAGGCUUUGAAAGGAAGAUGUUUGGCUCGAGUUUCUCCCGCAACUCUAAUGACCACUGUCGGUCUUUAAAGCCAGUUGAUCCUGCACAGCUCCUCCUCUCCUCCCUGCACAGCUCGCCUGAAGGAGACCAGGUCGUUCCAUCCUUCCAGAAACUCUCCGUGUAUGAACAAGCACCCCCGUAUUCUCCCAGGAGAAGCUCUAAACCUCUGCCUCCUCUCCCGGACAUGGGGGAUAUGUCUUCUGAUGAAGCAGCAGACAGCGAAGUGGAGUUCUUCUCCAGCACCAGUGAAAGCCAGCUACUGAUACCAGAAUGUGCCUCUAAAACAUCAGUCUUCCAAUACAGAGUGCAGAACAGGCGGAGUUUCCGUGGUUGUGGGCAGAUCAACUAUGCAUACUAUGAUGCUAUGCAGAAGAAUACAAUUGGACAGAAGUUUGAAAGGGAACAAGUGGUGCUUAGAGACAGGGACAGCCUUAAACAAGAAAAGCCCCAGCGCAGGCUGCGCCGCUCCAACUCGGGACCCGCGGCGUCUUUUAAACCUACUAACCUCCGAAACAACCACACACAGGAGAAGCCUGAGGUCCCUCCUCGCGCUCCCAUUCCGUCCCGUCCUCAAAAGAGUGCUGACCAUCAAGGCACUGAAGAGCCUCCCGAAAUUCCACCCAGGCGGCCAAUCUACUACAUGGCCCCACGCACUCCUAGUCCUAAAAGCCUUCCCAUUUAUGUCAAUGGAGUGAUGCCUCCUACACAAAGCUUCGCCCCCAAUCCCAAGUAUGUGAGUAAAUCCCAGGGCAAGCCAAAGUGUGAAGGAUUGCCUGCUUCACAUACACCAUGUAUACUGCCCAUCAUGGAAGAUGGAAAGAAGGCCAGUGCGACACAUUACUUCCUUCUUCCACAGCGGCCAGGAUACUUGGACAGAUUUGAAAGAUUUUUCAAGGAAUCUGAUUCCGAAGCUGUGCAAAGUGGAUGUUAAGUAUAAGCACGGGUGUUAGGCUAACUACAAAUGUACUUACUUACAGUAUUCAGGUGCUUAUAGAUUUGUUCAUCGCUAUGCAGUGCCACCUCAACUUGAACCCAGAGUACUGAAAAUAGGCCAGGUCAUAAAUGCUGGACAUAGUGGAGCUUUUUUUUUUUUUUUUAAUCAUGCAGUGUCAUAAUUACAUGUUAUUUUAUUUCUCCUGCUUCGAGUAUUCCUUUUCAACAUGUUUAACAUCUUUGUUCUUUGAUGGUUUACAUGUAACACUGGUUUGUAUAAGCUGGUCUUAUACUGUAUGUUGGGGAAAGACCAGAUUCCAGUACAAUCUGGUCAGUCUGGUGAUUUUUUUUUAUUUUUAUUUUUUUCUUCUCAAAGACACGUAAUUCAUCAGUUAAUUGCUAGCUUCAGUAGGUGUGUUCAAGCAGAGAAAUGACCAAAAUGCAUUGGAAUGGAGUUGAGCAGCCCUGAUCAUAUCCCUGUCAUAUAAUUAUCCCCAAGCAUUUUAAGUGCCAUUUUAUCAUUCAGCACUGCACAUUCUAUCCUCAGUUGUUUUGUGUUGCUGAUCGAUCUAGUAUUUCCACUCAUUAACUGAUUGCUAAAGUUUUUGUUCCACAGUAUGUUCAGUGGGACCUUAUUUUUACACAUUUUUAAUGUUCAAGAAAACGUAAAACAAGUUUAUUAAUAAUGAAAUGACUUUUUACUAAACAGAAUGGCUCUGAAAUAUUGAGCUAAUUUUUUGAUGUCCUUUUAACAAAAAGCAUGUUUAGUUGCUUGCUAUUACAGUUAGAAGUUCUGUUUAUGCUAAAAGAAACAAUUACGCCAUAUCUGAAUCAUAUAUAUAUAUUUUUUUUGUUUGUUUGAGCAACCACACUCUCAGAAAGUAAAGUACAUUAUUGGGGUACAAAGGCUUGUCACUGGGGCGGUACCCUUUACAGUACUUAUCUGUACCGUUUAUUUCCUGUUCGGGAACAUGUAUGCACCUUCUUGGUCCUGAAAAGGUACACACAGAUACGGUGAGGUACAAUAAUGAGCCCUAGGGAAUACAUUAUUGUAGAUUGUACCUUGGGGGCCAGACAUGGACUCCUACUGUACCCUUAUUUCUGACAGCGUAAGCAAUGAUGGUUAAACUCUUAGUGUGUCGGCAUCAACCUGCCUGUUUGAGCCAAAUGAGAAAAGGUCAAUGUUCCAUAUUACUCUGACACAACCUGUACUUUCACACGUACAUGUCAUGUAUUUAUCCACCCAUCUACUGUGUUUUUUUUUUUCUUAGUUCAUUCUCAAAUCAAGUCAGUCAUGUGCCGUCACAUCUGUUUACAUGAAUUUUUGUUUUGGAAUCUGUCCGUUUUUGCCAUCUUCCUCAUAACAGAAGGUGAAAAUGUAUUUAUCCCUGGCUUAUUUAUUCACAUAUGAAGGCUUGUGAUCAUUAACUGUUAUUGCUGUUGUUGCACUGCAUUGCACUUGUCUUUACGUGCAGUAUUUUUGUAGUUUUUCACAUUGCACCUAUGAUCUAUUUAAAGAAAUAAAGUGACUUAUUUAUCAGUAAA